GGUCUCAUAGGUCCCAUGAGCAAUGGCGACUUACGAGCUCUAUAAUGCACCAUGUAAUGCACCUGGACGUCGUAAUAAUACGCGUGCACGCCGUAAUAAUACGCUUGCACGGCUGCGUUAGUUGCGCGCACCUCUUAAAGUCUUUUGCGCUCCCAUUUAUUAUAGACAUGACGCCAUACCUUCUCAGGCCCACCCGGCUGGCCUCUCUGGCUUUGCUGGUGCUGAUGCUGGGGGUUGAUGAGGUCACCGGGUUAGGACUUGACUCAAGGCCCAACUUCGUCUUGAUCAUGGUGGACGACUUGGGGAUUGGCGACGUGGGCUGCUAUGGCAACCACACUAUAAGGACGCCCAACAUAGACCGCCUGGCUCUGGAAGGCGUGAAGCUGAGUCAACACAUCGCGGCGGCUCCUCUGUGCACCCCGAGCCGUGCAGCGUUCCUGACCGGACGCUACGCACUGCGCUCAGGGCUGGCCAGUAGUGGUCGUGUGCCUGUGCUGCUGUUUCUGGCUGGGUCAGGGGGAUUGCCCCCCACAGAGACCACCUUUGCGAAGCGGCUCCAGAAGCAGGGGUACACCACCGGCCUCGUGGGUAAAUGGCACCUGGGUGUGAACUGCGUGAGCAGGGGAGACCACUGCCACCACCCCAACCAGCAUGGCUUCCACUACUUCUAUGGCCUUCCCUUCACCCUGUUCAACAACUGUGUUCCCGGGCAGCCCGUUGACGUGCUGGCCGACGUGGAGCAGGUCCUCAGGAGCCUAUCCCAGCUGCUGGGGCUCGGUCUGCUCACGCUGGUGUGUCUUCGUGCGCUGGGCCUCCUGAGUGUCAGCGUUGGUCUCCUGGUCGCACUGACCUGCCUCACCGCUGGGGGGGUGGCUGUGUGGUACGUCCCCUUCCGCUUCCUGCAGACCUGGAACUGCAUCGUCAUGAGGAACCAGGAGGUGGUGGAGCAGCCGCUGGUGAUGGAGACCCUGGCUGAGAGGAUGCUGAACGAGGCCCAACACUUCAUAUCAAGGAAUGCCCAUCAGCCGUUUCUCCUCUUCUUUUCAUUGGCUCACGUUCACACGCCACUCUUCAAUAGCCCCGCCUUCGCUGGCAAAAGUCGCCACGGUGUCUAUGGUGACAAUGUUGAGGAAAUGGACUGGAUUAUAGGUCAAGUGACUGAGACGGUUGAUUCACUGGGGCUGGCCAACAACACCAUGAUGUACUUCACCUCAGACCACGGCGGACACAUAGAAGACCCGCAACGGGGCGGCUGGAACGGGAUUUAUAAAGGGGGCAAGGCCAUGGGGGGUUGGGAGGGGGGGAUCCGGGUCCCGGGUAUUUUCCGCUGGCCGGGAAGGCUGCCGGCGGGCCGGGUGGUUGACCAGCCCACCAGCCUCAUGGACCUGUACCCCACCCUCAGGCACCUGGCCCAGGACACGGAGGCGGACAGGCCGCUGGACGGCCAUGACCUCAUGCCGCUGCUGGAGGGGCGGAGCCGGCGCUCGGAGCACCAGUUCAUGUUGCACUACUGCGGCAGCUACCUCCACGCCGUGCGCUGGCAGCCCCCUGACUGCGACUCCGUCUUCAAGGUUCACUACGUCACGCCCGUCUUCUCCCCGGCGGGCACGGGCGGCUGCUCCGACCAGGAGUUCUGCUCCUGUUACGGCGAUCAAGUGACCUCCCACGACCCCCCGCUGGUCUACGACCUCCUCCACGACCCCACCGAGUCCCGCCCCCUCAGCCCCGCCAACGAGCGCAGAUUCGCCGAGGUCCUGCGGCGCGUGGACGAGGCUGUGGCGGUACACCGGGGCACCCUGCCUGGGGGGCACCUAACCGAGGGCACCCUGAACGAGGGCCCUGUGACCAGGGGGCCCCGGACUCAGGGCCCCGAGCACGGCGUCCCCAACCAGAUGUCCUGGGACCACAUCCUGUGGAAGCCCUGGUUACAGCCGUGCUGCGGGACCUUCCCCUUCUGCGGCUGCCAGGACAACUCCCGGCCCCCCGGGUGAAGACGGACUCUCAUUGGCCAGCUCGGAUGACAUGUGACAGCCUGGGAGCUUGUGAAGCAUGUCUAUGUGGCCUUGUGGUCCGUUCAUGUUUGCAAACAAUGGGCUGAGCGCAGACAAGCGCACACACGCAAAUACGUACACCUGUAUGUGAACGCACACACACCCGUAUGCAGAGGAUGCAGAGUUGACAACCAGUUGAUUAGUCUGCAAGAAAGCAGAUGGGAAAAUGUCAUGACGUUUCGGGCAAAAAAAAUAGAAAUGUGUUAAAUUGAUGCAUUUAUAUGAAACUAACGAUACAUAAAAUAAUUGUAUAAAUACUAUGAAUGAUUA